AUGUCGAUGGAUUCUGUUGUUUCCAUUGGGUGGGAUGUCUUGAAGUGGGUAGUUGUUCCUGUCAAGCGCCAAUUCGGAUACGUGAUCUCCUCCAAGAGCUACGCCCAGGAUCUUCAGAAGGAAGUCGGGAAGCUGGCGUACGAGGCUGAGAGGAUCCACAAUGCCGUCGAAGUGGCCAGAAACAAUAUUCGGACGGUCUACAGUCUAGUCACCGAUUGGCACGAGAGUGCAGAGAAGGCCUUGAAGGAGGCGAGAGAGCUGUUGGAAGAGUUCGAAAAAGCGAGUAAGAGUUGCUGCUACGGGACUCUUCCCGACCCCCAUUGUCGCUAUCAGUUCAGCAGAAAGGCCAAGGAUAAGAUCGAGCUCCUUCAGCGACUCGCUCGAGAAUGCAGUGAAUUCAGGGACAUCUCCUCCAUUGAUCCUGCUCCGGGGAAUGUCACUGCCGUCUCCGCUCCUUCUACCAAGGACGAUGUCGUCUUCGAAUCCAGAGCUUCGAUCAAACGUAAAAUCAUGGCCGCUCUUGCUGAUAACCGCAACAGCGUGGUUGGGGUUUAUGGGAUGGGCGGGAUCGGCAAGUCCACCCUUUUGGAAGAGGUUGAAAGAAGAAUAAGGGAAGAUAGUGACAUAAAGAAGGAAGAGAAUGUCAGCUUGCGAGCGAAGCUUCUGCACGAGAGGUUGGAAGAUGAGGAGAGGACGAAACAAGAAAAUGAUGAGGAGAGGAAGAAGAAGAAGAAGAAGAAGGUGCUCAUAAUACUGGACAACUUGUGGGAGCCGCUGGACUUGAAAUCAGUUGGCAUUCCUUGCGGUCAUGAUAACAAAGUCAUAGGAUGCCAGUUGCUGUUGACGUCGAGAUUUCGAGAUGUCUUGCAAGCAGAAAUGGGCUGCGACGACCCCUUACUUCUUGAGGAGCUGCAGGAGGAGGAGGCAAGAAGAUUGUUUGAGAGUUAUGUCGGAGACAAAGUUCGCGAUGAAGAGUUCAAACCCUUGGUGGAGGAAGCACUCCAAAAAUGUGCAGGUUUGCCUUUCCUAAUUGUCCAAAUGGCCAAACUUCUUAAACACGCUAAUUUAUCGGGAUGGAAGAAUGUUUUAAAACAACUCAAGCUAUCUAAAAACGAGGGAAUUGGUGAGAAAGCAAAUAAGAUGUUGCAAUUGAGUUACGACCAUUUAAAAGGCGAGGAUGUGAAGUCACUGUUACGGCUCUGUGUUGUGUGUGGCGUCUCUAAGCCAUCUCUUGAAAACUUGGUGAGAUAUGGCGUGGGUUUGGGGUUAUUUCGAGAAGACAAGAGCAUGGAAGAAGCUAGAGAAAGUUUGGCAUCAUCCAUCCGCACUCUUCAAGACUCCUCCCUCUUGUUAGAGGAUAGAGAUGUUCAUGGUUUCAAAAUACAUGACUUGGUUCGUGAGUUUGUUGCCUCGGUUGCUUCCAGAGAUAACCCUUUUCUUGUGUUGAAAGAGAAAGAUAGGUUGAUAACAGAGUGGUCGAAGGACAAGCUCAAAAGUUGUAGGGCAACAUGCUUUCCCUACGUUGACAUGGAGGAGCUUCCUGAAGAAAUAGAUUGCCCCGAAAUGCAGAUGUUUUUGUUGUUGACGAACAAUAAACCUCUUGAUGUUCCGGAUUCAUAUUUCAAUUCUAUGAGGAAACUCACGGUCCUAAAUCUCACGGGGAUACAUCUCAUUCAUUCGCCAUUGUCGUUUCAACUCUUGGAGAACUUACACACUUUAUGUCCGGAUGACUGUUCGGUAGAGGAUGUAGCCAGUCUUGGCAACCUAAAAGGGCUACAAAUUCUCAGCUUUGCGAACUCCAAAAUUCAUCGAUUGCCGAAAGAAAUCGGGCAAUUGGUAGAGCUGAGGCUAUUAGACUUGAACCAUUGCUCGAGGCUUCAGGUAAUCGAACCAGGUGUGCUAGGAAGCUUGAUCAAAUUGGAGGAGUUAUAUGUGGAGAAUAGCUUUGAUCAAUGGAAUGCCAUGGAGCAAACUCCACCAAGUAAUGCCUGCCUUAUUGAGUUGAAUAACAUGAAGAAUCUCUACUCUCUACACGUAUCAAUUCCUGAUCCGAAUGUCUUGCCCAAGGAUUUAAACCUACAAAAAUUAACCAAAUACGGAAUCCGGAUAGGCGGUACAUGGCACUCGUCAAGCGAGUACAAAACAUCAACGGCAUUGAAGCUCAAGUUGAAUCCAACGAAUGAUAUUCUCCACAAAGGAUGUGUACGAACUAUCUUGGACAAAACUGAUGAUCUGAAUUUGGAUGGAUUGAACAAACCUAAAAGUAUUUGCGAGUUAUCCCUAGAAGGUUUUCCAAAAUUGAAGCAUCUACAUGUCGAGAAUGGUCCCUCCGUCCAUUACAUCCUCCAAUGGCCUUCCUCCACUUAUAUCGGAGUUAUCGAGUGCGACUUGAUGCGGGAGAUUGGAGAAGCUGAUGAAGGUGGCAAAGUUGAGUAUAAAAAACUUUUUAUCCGCCGGGGUGCUCCUUUGAGUAGUUCAUCAGAAAACCAAGCUGCCACUCAAGCUGUAUUUUUCAACGGGCAACAGGUUUCAAUCCCAUCCUUGCAGACCUUAACUAUGUCUGGACUUCCCAAUCUGGAAACUAUAUGGAGCGAAGAAUCUGCAGUGGAACUGAGCAAUCUUCAAUCUCUUGAGCUGUUGGAGUGCAAAUCUCUCUCGAAGGUUUUCAACUUCAGGUCGCUGGUAAAUUCACAUAAGCUACACACUUUGACUAUCGCAGAUUGCAUUUCGGUGCAAGAAGUUUUUGACCUUGAUGGACCAAGCGCCAGCGGAAAUGUUGAGACUCCCUCCGAGCUAACCACCUUGGAGUUACGGGACUUGCCGAGCUUGAGGUGCAUAUGGAACAAGAAUCCUUGUGGAAUAGUGAGAUUCCAUUGUUUAACAAAGCUAAAGGUGAUUGGCUGUCACAGCCUCAGGUUUCUGUUUUUGGCAUCAAUGGUAAAAUCUCUAGCACAAUUGAGAGAACUAGAAGUGGUGUAUUGCAAGAAGAUGGAGGCGAUCAUUAUGGAGGAAGAAGGGUUGGAAACGGAAACAUCAGGAAUUCUAGCAUUCCCGAUGUUGACUUAUUUGCGAUUAUCUUUGGAAAGUUUGACGUGCUUCUCUCGCAAAAAGUGUUCACGAGAGGCUAGGAAUCAGGAUUAUGUUAAAUCACGCGCCACUGCCCUCUUCAAUCAUGAGGUUGCGUUCCCUCGCUUGGAGACAUUAGAGAUCUAUGACAUGCAUAAUAUCGAAAUGAUAUGGGACAAUCAAGCUGCUGCGGAUUCUUUCCACAAUGUAAAAUCACUUGUGGUGUUGGGAUGCGAUAAGCUAGUGAACAUUGUUCCUUCUUGCAUUGUUGGACGGCUUCGGAACAUGGAAAGUUUGGAUGUAUAUUAUUGUGGUUCGCUUGAAGUUGUUUUUGAACUUCAGUCACUGAAUCCUCUAGAUGGGAAUCCUGGUGUUCGUUCCCAAUUAAAAAAGCUAGUGUUACAUGAAUUGCCACAGUUGAAGAGUGUAUGGGAUAAGGAGCUCCACCAUCAAGUCAAAUUGCAGUGUCUCCAUUCUGUUACUGUUUCCAAUUGCAAGAGCCUCACCUCUCUAUGUCCAGCCUCAGUAGCGACAGAUCUUAUCCAACUUGAAGAGUUGGAGAUCAGUGCAUGUGGCAUUAUAGAACUCAUCAAGAUGGAAGGACCAGUUCUUGGGGUUGUCUUCCCAAAGUUAACCUCCCUCAAGCUCGAGCAUCUGACAGAGUUGAAGUGCAUCUACACAGGAACAAAUGCUUUAGGUUGGCCAGCAUUGAAGACUUUGGAGGUGCAUGGCUGUAACAAAGUGGAGAUACUCGCUUCCCAAAUUGAGAAUGAGAUGCCACUACAGAAACAACCUCUCUUCUUGUUCGAAAAGGGUGCAUUCCCAAAUCUACGAGAGCUAAGAUUGGAUUUAUCUGGACAGAUGGAGAUAUGGCAUGGGGAUUUUCAUGGUGAAGAAUUCUUUUGCAUGCUUAGGGUUCUUGAGCUUCGUCAUCUCUCGGAGGAAUAUGCAAUAUCCAUGUGUCUUUUUAUUCAGAGUUUAACCAACUUGGAAAAGCUCGUUCUAUGUGAAUCUCAUCUAGAGAAGCUGAGCAGAAAUGUGGAAGCCAUAGAAGACCCAAGUCAUGAGCUAUUAUCCUCGUCAAGUUACUUUCAACAUCUGAAGACUCUAGAUGUGUCACAUUGUGAUGGUCUAUCAAGUAUGUUCACACCGACCAUGGCUAAAAACUUGGCGGAACUCACAGAGUUGAGGAUACGAAACUGUAAAAUGUUGAAAGAAGUUAUUAGUGACGAUGGGGGUAAGGAGGGGUAUGCAGUGACUUUCAAUCAGUUGAAGCACAUACAACUUGAUGGGUUGACAAGGUUGAGUUGUUUUAGCUCAAGUGAAUACACUUUGGUGUUCCCUCUCUUGGAAGAUGUCAUAGUGAGUGGAUGUCCCAACAUGCAGUCCUUCUCUAAGGGACCAAUAGUUGCGCCAAAGCUAGAGAGAAUACAAGUAGAAACACAAGCAGAUCCAAAGCCUCAACAUGAAGUGUGGUUUUGGAAGGAAAACCUCAACACCACUAUCCAAAAUAUGUUUGAAGAUAUGGCUACGAUUGCUAGAGUAAAGUUUAUGUGGCUGUCUGAGUUCCCCGAGCUGAUUGGAAAGUGGCAUAGUGAACUCAAUCCCAUCAAGUCAUCUUGGCAAUUAGAAAGACUGGCGGUGGAUAAUUGUCCAUCAUUUGUUAACGCUAUUCCAUCCAAAUUGAUGCUUGUUUUAGAGAAAAUGACAAGGUUGCAAGUGUACAAUUGCGAGUCUUUGGAAGAAAUAUUCAAUCUUGAAGGGCUUGAGCCUGUGGAAAUCACUCGGGUGCUGCCCGAGCUACGAGAUUUGGGCCUGGUCAAUCUGCCGAAGUUGAGGCAACUAUGGAACAAAGAUCUUCAAGGAACGAUGCGCUUCAAUUCUCUAUUUUCUCUGACCCUUUAUAAUUGCAGCAACUUGAGAUAUGCUUUCACUCCAUCGAUGGCUCGAUGCCUUGCAAAUCUACGCGAGAUUGAAAUAAAGCAGUGUGGUGAAAUGGAAGAAGUGAUCGCAGAGGAAGAAGGGCAUGUAAGCGUGGUGGAGAAGAUCACAUUCCCGAUGCUCUAUAUGAUGACGCUGGAAUGCUUGCCCAAUUUAACUAGUUUCCUCUCGGGAAAGAAUCAUGCGCUGGAUUGUCCUAGCUUAACAGUGUUGACCAUUGCCCACUGCCCCGAGAUGAGAAGUUUGACUUGGCAUUCUUGGAUGCAGGUUGAUCAGGAUACCCCUUCCCUCUUCACUCCACAGGUACAAUUUCCUCAGCUUGAGGAAAUAGUUCUCUCCCACAUGGACAAAUUAAGCAAAAUAUGGACUCGCGGCCCUCAAGGAACUUUCACUUUUAAAUACUUGCAUAAAGUGGAAGCUCGGAACCGUAAGAACCUUGAAAUUUUGUUUCCACAUUGGGUGGCUACAAGUCUAACCCAACUUGGGAAACUUCGAGUGGAGUCUUGUGGGCUUGAGGAAAUAGUCUCGAGCGCGAGUGGAGAUGACAGUCCACACUCAAUUGCUGCUCAAUUUCUUUUCCCAGUAUUGACUUCUCUGGUAUUACAUGAUAUGCCACAACUCAAGAGCUUCUGCCCUAACUUUCUCACUUUGAACUGGCCAUUCUUGAAGGAAUUGCAAGUGACCCAUUGUGAAAAAAUGAAUAUGUUGUCCUUUCCGGCUCGGAAGGACAUUCCCACCUUAGAGAGACAUUUAUUAGUCGAUAAAGAUAUUCAGAGGAUACAGAAUGAAAAUCUUUUUGAUGACAUUGGCAAGCGAGAAGCACUAACAUUGGCAUGCUUUCAUCAUGAAAGGGCGGGUUUUCCUUCCAACUUUCUCCUCCAGAUAUUUCCCAAUUUAAAAAGCCUUGAGGUUUUCUGUAGUUCCUUUGAAGAUAUAUUCCCCGAUGGAGGACUUGUGGAUGAGGGAAAACAUCCAUUUGACAACAUUAUUUCCAACCGUGACAUCCUUUCUGAAUUUGACGGAGUUAGUGGUGAAGAGUUCCUCCGGAUUGGUAUAUCUAGUGACGGUUUCAGCGGUCGCAAAUUUGAUGCAUCUCACACACAUGACUAUAAUAGGAUGUGA